AAUAAACUGUUGAGCUGGCUUGUUUUAUAUAGAAACAAAAAUUGAAGUGCUGACAUGUCCUUGAAAUAUCUUUUUAAGUACAGAAUUUUUCUAUUGGGGUUAAUAUCUUGACUCUUCGGACUUUCUCCUUCAGAGACAUGGGAACAACACAAGCCCCACUUACAACAGUCGAGAACAUCCUCAUGACAACUCUUGAAUUGGAAAAACUGAUCUUACCUAGCCAUAUGGCCUGCUGCCUCUGCCAAUUUAAAAAUAAUAUUGAGGUUGUCUGCAAGACAGUGAAGCUACAUUGUGAUGCAUGUAUAGGAAACAGCACAGAAGAUUGUUUUGAAGAAGCAAGUGUAGGAAAUGCGGAGGGAGCGCUCAUGAAGGUAUUACAGGCCCGGAAGAAGCACACGAGCACCGAGCUGACCAUUGAGCCAGAGGUGGACCCAAGAACAAAGGAAAACUAUGUGUUUUUCUGGGAUUGCUCCCUCGCUGAGGAAAAAUCUAAGUGAGGAGAAAGUGAGAUACUCUUGGUUGCUUCUGUCUGGACAGCCACCCUGGUUCCAGCUUCCUGCUGGAGACAAGGACUGGGGGUGUGGUGCAAGAAACAGAUGGUCUACUGAAUAGCUGAAUGUCAGUGGACGUGGCUGGACUGUUACAAGAAGCAAGCAAAUGCCCCAUCUGCUCAGCCUAUCUUGAAAAGCCAAUAUACAUGGAAUGUGGAUGCAUCUUCUGCCUUAACUGCAUCUAUUCACUGCAGAUAGAGCCACAUGGGGAGGAUUUAGUUUGCUAUUUGUGCCCCAUGAUCUCUCAGAAAAACAACCUCAGGCCCAACUGGCAGCUGGGAAAGCUGGUUUCCAAGAUCAAGGAGCUGGAGCCCCAUCUGACAACUAUUCUACAGAUGAACCCAAGGAUGCAGAAAUUCCAUGUGGAUGUGACCUUGGAUAUUGACACAGCCAACAAGUUCCUCCUCAUUUCUGAUGAUCUCAGGAGUGUCCGCUGUGUGUGCAUCACACAGAGUCGACAGGACCUUGCUGAGAGAUUGCAGUUGCCACUUUGUGUCCUGGGUACCCCUCACUUCACUUCUGGCUGCCAUUACUGGCAGGUGGAUGUGGGAAUGAGCACACAAUGGGACCUGGGAGUUUGUAAAGAAUCUGUUCACUGGAAAGGAAAGAUCCAACUGACUACAGAUCUUGGAUUCCGGACUGUGAGUCUGAAGGCUGGAGGCUACUCAUUUGCCAACACAAUGCCUCAGACUGCCCUCUGCUCAGAUACCAAGGUACAGAGAUUGGGGAUUUUUCUGGAUAUGGAUAUGGGCAAUAUUUCCUUUUUUGAUGUAGACAAUGGAUCCCACAUCUUUACGUUCACCAAAGUUUUUGCUGAGGAGCCACUGUGCCCAUUUUUUGCUCCUUCAAUUCCACCUAAUGGUGAUCAGGGUUUCCUGAGAAUCUGUCCUGUGAUGAGCCAAGUCACUGCUGAUCCUCUAGCCCAUCCUGGGGAGCAUGAAUAGACCCCCACGGCAAAGAAAUACUCACAGAAAGUUACUUUGUGGUUAGGCCUAGGCACUUUCUACUUGGUAAAAGUAUUAUACAAAAGUCAUAGUAGAAAAUUUCAUGAAUGUAAUUAAUGUAGUGUAUAAAUUGAGUGCUAAGUACUAAUCAGAUAAUUUAAUUAGUGUGUAUCUAUCUAUCUAUCUAUCUAUCUAUCUAUAUAUUUUUUUUAGACAGAGUCUCACUUUUGUCCACUUUGGGAGAGUGCCGUGGUGUCAUAGCUCACAGCAACCUCAAACUCUUGGGCUCAAGUGAUUCUCUUGCCUCAGCCUCCCGAGUAGCUAGGACUACAGGCACCUGCCACAACACCCGGCUAUUUAUUUUUAGAGAUGGGAUCUCUCUCUUGCUCAGGCUGAUCUCCAACCCAUGAGCUCAGGCAAUCCAUCCGCCUCAGCCUCCCAGAGUGCUAGGAUUAUAGGGCGUGAGCCUCCACACCCAGCCUACCCCACCACAAUCCACUGUAGUUUUAGAUGACUCAAGGAUGAUUGAGUUUUCUGAGUAAAAAUGCAAAACCAUGACUCCUUGGGGGUGGGCUGGGAUGGGAUUAGGUUCUAUAUUUAAGUGAUAGGAUUAAGUGCUCUCUUUUCCUGGGGAACCAUUUUUUGGUUAUUGCUGGUUACUCUGAUGAUUUUAAAUCUAAGCAAAACAUUCUCAAUACUCAAGUCCU